AUGCCUUUCGAAGAGGCAACAAGAUUUGUCAGCGAGAACACUGGAAUUAGUGAUGUUCUGCUGCCGAUAUUCCAUUUGGAGCAAACGUUCACAGUUAUUAUUGAGGAAGGAGGGAUAGAGGAAGGUUCACAUCUGGAUAAGGAACCUUCACAAGUGACAGUGAAGAUGAUGAUGACCAACCUUGGCAAUGCGUCAUACACGGUGGGGUUCGCAGCCAUCUGGGAAAAUCACUGGUUAGCUAAUACUUUACCUACAGAGGUGUUCCAGCUGCCUGGGUUCAGCGCCAAUUCAGCAUUGUUUGAGCUCUACCCGACAGUGGCAGCGGCUAGUGUGGGGGUCAUCAGUGGUACAAGAAGACAGUUAUGUUUGUGUCAGAUAAUGCGGCUACAGUUGACAUACUACUCAAGGGUCCCAGUAUCCUGCUGCUCAGACCCAUGUUUACCUGGAAGCCGGAAAAAGGCGGGAAAAUCAAUCUAUACCUGCUUCUAUGACUGCGUCCCAUGUUCAGAAGGAGAGAUAUCCAAUAUAACCGAUUCAGAAAACUGCAUGAAAUGCCCAAGUGAUGAAUGGCCAAAUGAGAAGAGAGACCGAUGCCUGCCCAAAGUCAUAGAUUUCAUCUCUUACCAAAAUGACACAAUGGCUUCUGUAUUCUCCUGUGUCUCCAUCUUCGGAUGUCUUGUGACUGGCUUCAUAUUUGGAAUAUUUAUCUCCUACCGGGACACUCCUAUUGUUAAAGCUAAUAACCGAAACCUGAGUUAUCUCCUCCUGGUCUCCAUCCUCCUCAGCUUCCUCUCUGUCUUCUUAUUUCUUGGUCGUCCCAGUGAUGUCUCUUGUAGAUUACGUGAAACCAGUUUUGGAGUCUUCUUCUCAGUCGCCGUCUCUUCUCUUCUUGUCAAGACUGUUAUGGUUUGUGUUGCUUUUAAGUCCACAAAGCCUGGAAGUCCCUGGAGAAAAUGGCUGAGUGUGAAGCUGCCCUAUACCAUAGUGUUGUUGUGUUCAUCCAUUCAAGUUGUAAUCUGUGUUAUCUGGUUGUCUAUCUCUCCCCCAUUCCAGGACCUGGACACUCAGUCUUAUCUUGGGAAGAUCAUCAUUCAGUGUAAUACAGGUUCAGAUAUCUGGUUCUACUCUGUGUUGGGUUAUCUGGGGUUCCUGGCAGCGGUGAGCUUUGUUCUGGCUUUCAUGGUGAGGACAUUACCGGACACUUUCAAUGAGGCCAAGUACAUCACCUUCAGCAUGCUGCUGUUCUGCAGUGUCUGGAUCGCCAUGAUCCCGGCUUAUCUGAGCACCACAGGGAAAUCCAUGGUGGCUGUGGAGAUCUUUGCAGUAAUGGCGUCCAGUGCUGGACUUUUAGGGUGUGGGUUUUUCCCAAAAUGUUUUAUCAUUUUAUUGAAAUCUGAAAUGAAUAGAAAAACUGACCUACUGGGGAAAAGGAAGAAAUGA